AUGGAGAAGAUUGUGCAGAGCGGAAGGAAAGGGGAUGGGAUUUUAAGGUUAAAUAAAAAUAGGUUGGAAUUUGGGGCUAUUGAGUCGGGAAGAAAAUGUGAAGGAAAGAAUGGACAGAAAUAUUUGUCCGAUAGCUUAAAGUUGAGUAAAAUGCUGAGAGAUAUGCUAGUACUGCUUAUGUCAGAAUGCAAUAGUGAUGAACAAGUCGUUAGGGAAUUACAGACCGUUGGGAUGUUGCAUGAUGUCAAUCACUUUCAACUCCUUACUAUGGACAUCCCAAAGGGAUAUAUCUGUCGAACUCAACGUUUUGAUUUCCAUGAAGUUGUCAGUCGUAUAAAUGAUCCCCCAUUAGCAUAG